CGCUCAGUUAAGAUAGAGAGGGAGUCAAGCGGCAGCAAGGGGUGGCUGUACGACCCUCUUUUGAGGGGGUCCGAUUAUAACAAAAAAUAUAUACACACAUAUAUAGCCAUUCUACACGCUCAGGCCGCAAGAUAGGUCCUGUGUUGAGUUUAGGCAUUUUAAAAUAAGCAUUACAUCUGUCUAUACAUUUUUAAAGAUGCCUAUUUUACUUUUCUUGAUAGACACGUCCGCUUCUAUGAACCAGCGCACUUAUUUGGGUACGACGUAUCUGGACAUUGCUAAAGGCGCGGUUGAGAUCUUUAUGAAGCUGCGUGCCCGAGACCCGGCUAGUAGAGGCGACAGGUACAUGCUAGUUACAUUUGAUGAGCCACCAUACGGAGUUAAGGCGGGAUGGAAGGAGAACCACGCCACCUUCAUGAGCGAGCUGAAGAACCUGCAGGCCUCGGGUCUGACCACGCUGGGUCCCGCGCUCCGCUCCUCCUUCGACCUGCUCAACCUCAACCGCCUCGUCUCGGGCAUCGACAACUAUGGACAGGGCAGGAAUCCUUUCUUCCUGGAGCCCUCGGUGAUCAUCACCAUCACUGACGGCAGCAAGCUGACGCACACUUCGGGGGUGCAGGAGGAGCUGCACCUGCCCCUGAACUCCCCGCUGCCGGGCAGCGAGCUGACCAAGGAGCCGUUCCGCUGGGACCAGCGUCUGUUCGCCCUGGUGCUGCGGCUCCCGGGCGCGGCCACCCCGGAGAGCGAACAGCUGGGCAGCGUGCCCACCGACGAGUCGGCCAUCACGCAGAUGUGCGAGGUCACCGGAGGACGGUCCUACUGCGUUCGGACUCAGCGCAUGCUCAACCAGUGCCUGGAGUCCCUGGUCCAGAAAGUUCUGAGCGGCGUUGUCAUUAACUUUGAGAAAACCGGACCGGACCCGCCUCUGCUAGGCGAAGACGGCCUAGUCGACCCCACCCGCCCCGCCCCGCCCUUCGGCCCGCAGCCCUGGCAAAGCUGCCACAAGCUCAUCUACAUCCGGCCCAACCCCAAAACCGGCGUUCCCGUGGGUCACUGGCCCAUCCCAGAAUCUUUCUGGCCUGACCAGAACUCCCCCACUCUGCCUCCGCGCACCGCUCACCCCAUCGUGCGAUUCUCCUGCGUGGACUGCGAGCCCAUGGUGAUCGACAAGCUUCCCUUCGACAAGUACGAGCUGGAGCCCUCGCCCCUCACACAGUACAUCCUGGAGAGGAAGUCACCGCACACGUGCUGGCAGGUGUUUGUGAGCAGCAGCGGGAAGCACAGCGACCUGGGCCAGCCGUUCGGCUACCUGAAGGCCAGCACCACGCUAACCUGCGUCAACCUCUUCGUCAUGCCUUACAACUACCCUGUCCUGCUGCCGCUGCUGGAUGACCUGUUUAAAGUGCACAAGCUCAAGCCAAAUGUCAAAUGGCGACAGGCCUUUGAGAUCUACCUGAAGUCCAUGCCCCCUUAUUUCCUCCUGCCACUGAAGAAGGCGCUGAGGAUGAUGGGAGCUCCAAACCUCAUCUCUGACAACAUGGACUGUGGCCUCAGCUACAGUGUCAUCUCUUACUUGAAGAAACUGAGCCAGCAGGCGAAGAUGGAGUCGGAUCGGCUGAUUGUGUCCGUGGGGAAGAAGCCCCCCCAGGAGACGGGCAUCAAAGUGAAGAAUCACUGGAGCGCCCUGUCCCUAGCCCACCGCCGUGACUUCAAACAGCUGCUGCAGGGCAUCACGGGAGAGGCCCCCCUCCACCUCACCGACAUUAACUUCAAGGAGUUCUCCGGCUUCCAGAUCGCGCUGCUCAACAAGGACCUGAAACCCCAGGCCUACCGGAACGCCUACGAUGUCUCCCGGCGGAACCUUCUAGAUCAGCUGACCCGAAUGCGCUCCAACAUCCUGCGCACGACUCAGAAGCUCAUUCGAGGGCAGGACGAAGACUACUUACACAGCAUCCCAGUGGCCCAGAUGGGCAACUACCAGGAGUACCUGAAGAUGAUGCCGUCCCCACUGCGGGAGAUAGACCCGGACCAGCCCAAACGCCUGCACACGUUCGGGAACCCCUUCAAACAGGACAAGAAGGGCAUGAUGAUCGACGAGGCGGACGAGUUCGUGACGGGCCCCCAGAACAAGAAGAGGGGGGGCUCCGGGGACCCCAAUUCGGGGGCCGCCCUGAAGAGGAGGAGGAGCAUGUCGCCCUUGCUGCGGCGGCCGCAGACGCCGCCCAUCAUCACCAACCACGUGGUGGGCAAGGGGCCCCCGGGAGCCCAGGUCAACCACAGCCUCAUCAAACCCAUCCCGCUGCACAAAGGAUCAGAGAGGAACAGCGUUCUGGGCUCAGAAAGCAAUGGGGAGCAGGUGAAGGGCGCAGAGACCGGUGGAGGCUGGCCGGGAGGACUGGACGGGGUGGAGGGGUGUGCAGCGGAUCUCACGCCCGAGGACACGCCCGGGGAAGGGGGAGAGGGCAGAGUCCGAGUGGAGGACGGGUUUGGGGAAGACGGGCUAGACGAGAGGCCUCCCGGCCAUCCAGAAAACUGUGAAGAGUUGAGUCCCCCCGGACAGCAGGGGGAGCUAGAGGGGGCCAAAGAGGAAACCAUCAGGACGGUCACCGUACUCCCCCUGGAGGGCACCAAUGCAGAACUCCGCACACGGGUCCUCAAAGAGGUCCGGAAGCCUGGCCGUAACUAUGAGACAAUAUUCCAUCUUCUGGAGGAAGUGAGGGGCCCUGUUGAAGUGCAGAAGUACUUCAUCCAUCAGACUAUUAAAGAGGCUGCAAGGUUUAAGAAGCGCGUCCUGAUCCAGCAGCUGGAGACCGCCCUGGAGGAGAUCGAAGAGAAGCACCUGCUGCCCUCCGGCCUCAACAACGUCCACGGCAGGUAGCGCGGCGCGAAGGAGAGGGAGGGCGAGAGAGCCACAGACCCGCCCGGCCGCGGAGCCCCCCGAGACGCCCAGAGACCCACAGCGGCAGGCUCUGAGGGAGGAGCGGUGGAGCCCAGAGGUCGCCCCAGAGGUUGCCCCAGAGGUCGCCCAGAGGUCGACCCAGAUGUCACCCCAGAGGUCACCGCAGAGGUCACCGCAGAGGUCACCGCAGAGGUCUCCCUAGAGGUCGCUGUAGCCCAAGCAUCGACAGUCUGUCACACUGAGUGGGGGAGGACCCAGGGAGGAAUGCACUGGGCAGGAGCGCUGAAGGAAUCCUCAAAUUCCUCGUGCUGUUAGCCCCCUUCUGUAGACCACCCAACAUCUACACACUCUCACCUGUAAGCCGGUUUGCUUUGCCUUCAAAGGAACUCAGACUAGUAGUUUUUCAGGCAAAGAGACCGUGUCUGUAUCUGGUGUGAGGAGUGCAGUUGAGAGGACAGAUAAAGGUGGAGGUGGAGUUGUCCUGAUUCCCUGUGACUUCCCUUCAGCAGUGGGCAGGCGCAAGAUCUCCCGACUUGAAGGGGAGACGGAGCUUCAAGCGGUUCUACGAGAGAUCGGUUCUUCUGAGAGUGUCGAUGCGCAUUCCGUUCAGAGGUGUAGAUGUGAUGUAGGUCACCUCUGCAUUGGUUUAGAUGCAGGUAGCGGUUCUUUAGGCUGACUUCACUGGCGGGAAAGCUGACGACUGGCCGAGGAUACUCACGUGAGUACUCUUAUCUACCUCAGUCCCUCCAUUUUACUUUUCUUUCGAAAGAACUCUCUCGUCCUUGGGUGAGACUUUGGUGUCAUUCAAAACAAGGCAGUAAAUUAAAUGGAAACACCAGGCUUUGAAGAAACGGUAGGUUAAGUGGACUUGGGAGGAUAUCCGCAAGCUUGUUUGCUGACAUGUAAAGUACACCUCUUCAUCCCCCCCCCCCCCCCAACCUUCAGGGGAAUGAUUUGCCAGGUCAUGUGGUCCAUUUGACUAGUCCUGGAGCUUCCAAUCCACUGCGUCACUGAAGCUCACGAUAACCCACUUAAUGUCAUGUGACUUUAAAUAAUCAAAGACCACCCCCCAUCAGUCAUCCACUCCCGCCCUGGACAACUGCAUUUGCUCAUGCUGGGUUUAAGAGUCACAAAUUCAAACUGCAUCACAAAUUCAAACGGUUUUUCUUUUAUUCUCUUAAAAUGAAAGAUGUGUACUACUUUUUAGAUGUUCAUACAUGAUGAAAGAAAUAAGAUUAUUUUUGGACAGUAUUCUUACCAGAGCAUACAAAUGAUAUUUUAAAGAAAACCUUGUAUAAAGAACAUUUUGUAAACAUUUUUUAAAGAAACACAAAAAAUGAAUAAAAAAAGUUAAGAUCGAGAAUAA